CAUCUUCUUCCUCCGAAUCCACCAUCUCCCCACCUCCAACCCAUAGAACUCUAUACAACAUGACCACCUCGCUCGACAACCUCAAACAAACUGGCACUGUCGUCGUGUCGGAUUCUGGUGAUUUCGAAACUAUCGAUGUCUACAAGCCGCAGGAUGCAACGACGAACCCCUCCCUCAUCCUCGCUGCUGUGAAUAAGCCUGCGUACUCGCGCAUCGUCAUCACCGCUGUCAAAUAUGCCAAGGACAAGAGCAGCAACCUCGACGAACAGGCCAACCUCGCCGUCGACCGCCUUCUCGUAGAAUUCGGAAAGGAGAUCCUCGCCAUCAUCCCCGGUCGCGUCUCCACCGAGGUUGAUGCCCGCCUCUCGUUCGACAAGGAAGGCACCAAGGCUAAGGCCAAGGAGCUCAUCGCGCUCUACGAGUCGGUCGGGAUCAAGAAGGAGCGCGUCUUGAUCAAGAUCGCGUCCACAUGGGAGGGUAUCCAGGCUGCGCGCGAGCUCGAGCGCGACGACGGGAUUCACUGCAACUUGACCUUGCUCUUUGGCUUCGGUCAGGCUGUUGCGUGCGCUGAGGCAGGCGUCACGCUCAUCUCGCCUUUCGUGGGCCGCAUCCUUGACUGGUACAAGAAGUCGACGGGCAAAAACUACGAGGGUGAUGAGGACCCCGGUGUCCAGUCCGUCAAGCGCAUCUACAACUACUACAAGCAGCACGGCUACAAGACGAUCGUCAUGGGUGCCUCCUUCCGUAACAUCGGUGAGAUCAAGGCGCUCGCGGGUGUCGACUUCCUCACGAUCGCACCCGCACUGCUCGAGGAGCUGAAGAAGUCGAACGCGCCCGUACCGAAGAAGCUGGAUGCGCCGAGCGCGGCUAAGGCCGAGCCGAUCGCGAAGGUGUCGUUCAUCGACAACGAACCCGAGUUCCGCUGGGCGCUCCUCCAGGACCAGAUGGCGUUCGACAAGCUCCACGAGGGCAUCAAGAAGUUCGCCGAGGACGGCGAGACCCUGAAGAAGGUCCUCAAGGAGAAGCUCUCCGCGUAAACAAGCAUUCAUGUCCUUUGCGAAGCGACUUGUCGUUUUGAUUGGAAGUUGAAAGUUUUGCAGUUGCGGUUGCGUGUAUGUGUCGCUGUUGUACGAGAAGAGGGAAAGAAAAGAUGUAGCGAUUGGAAACUGCCGUUGUGGAAUAUAGACGUUUCUGUUUUUCCCUUUUGUUUCGUCCUGGCAUCUUUGAGAGCUUGGGUUACGGAGUACUCGAGUGCCAUGGCCCACUGCACCUCCUCGAGGUCCUUUCC